CGCCCGGCCGCCCCGCUGCGCUGCCCGCCCCGCCCGCCCCGCGCUCGCCGCCGGGGCCGGGGCCUCCGCCGGACCGCGCCGAGCCGAACCGCCACGGCGGCCCGGGGACCUGCCGUGGCCCUGAAUCCCAGCGCAGCUGAAGCGACUGCAGGCACUUUAAAGAUGCGCACGAGCGCAGAGGAGGAACUGGAGAAUGACAGGCUGAUGACGUGGUCCCUCGUGCAGGUUCAGUGGCAAAUAUGAACAUUUGUCAAUAUUUGACAACUCUUUUGGACAUCACGAAUAUGCUGGAAUCUAGACCACAGAGCACUUGCAAUAGCGCUUUUUAAAUUUGAAUUUAAUGUAAAUGAAAGAAAAAUAAUCAUCUGGAUCAAUUGUAGUGAUGGCUAGCAAAAGAAAAUCCACAACUCCCUGCAUGAUACCAGUAAAAACACUGGUGCUUCAGGAGACUGAACUGGACGCUGUAGAAGAUGAUCGUGAAGGAACGCAACAAGAUGCUCCUGUGGAAGGGCCAGCAGCUAGUGAUGCUGGUGCCAGUAACAGUAAUAAUGGAGCUUUGUCUAAUGGGCACCGUGGUAUUGCUGAUAGUGACACUUAUAUCUGCAAGUCUUGUGACUUUGGAUCUCAAGAUGUUCAUCACUUCUUUGGGCACUUGGACUCUGAGCACUUAGACUUUAGCAAGGACCCUGCCUUUGCAUGUGUUGCGUGCAACUUUCUGGCAAAUAGCCAUGAAGGGCUCUCGCACCACAAUGCAGAGUCGCACGCUGGCGAAACGAGCUUCAUCUGGAGGGUGGCUAAGCAGGACAAUCAUACAACUGUGGAGCAAAGUCUCUGUGAGGCCGCCAGCAGGCAUGACCUUCCGGGAGAGGUCCCUGAAGAAGGGGUGGAUGGCCAGUCUGAAAUUAUCAUUACUAAAACCCCCAUCAUGAAGAUAAUGAAAGGUAAACCGGAGGCCAAAAAAAUCCACACACUGAAGGAGAAUGUGUCAAGUCAGCUGGGCGGUGAGUCGGAGGUGAAAGAUGGAGAGCAUUCAUUCCCAAACGGGUCCGUGCCGGUCAGUCAGCCCACUGCAAGUUCAACAAAAUCAUCUCAUAUAGUGAAUGGCUCCAUCAUAGGAAACAUGCCUGUUCUGCAGGCAGGUGUUGCACAACUUGUGUCACUGCAGCAGCAACCCCCGUUGCAUCAGCAGCUACCUACGUCCAAGUCUCUUCCCAAGGUGAUGAUUCCUCUGAGCAGCAUUCCAACGUACAACGCCGCCAUGGACUCCAACAGCUUCCUGAAAAACUCUUUCCACAAGUUCCCCUACCCCACCAAAGCUGAGCUCUGCUACUUGACUGUGGUGACGAAGUACCCAGAAGAGCAGCUGAAGAUCUGGUUCACUGCCCAGAGGUUGAAGCAAGGCAUCAGCUGGUCACCAGAGGAGAUCGAAGAUGCCAGGAAGAAGAUGUUCAACACCGUUAUUCAGUCUGUGCCGCAACCCACCAUUACAGUUUUGAACACGCCUCUGGUUGCAAAUCCUGGGAGCGUCCCCCAUCUUAUUCAGGCAACUUUACCGGGCCACGUGGUGGGGCAGCCGGAGGGGACGGGGGGGCUGCUGGUCACACAGCCCAUCAUGGCAAACGGGUUGAAGGGCACCAGCUCCUCCUUCACCUUAGCGGUGACUUCUGUCCCCAAGCCGCAGCCGGCAGCACAGCACAGCACGGUGAGCUCCAGCAACGCAUCGGGGGUGAAGGUGGUCAACAGCGGCCAGUCGCUGCUCACUGCCUGCCCAGCGAUCUCCUCGCAGACCUUCCUGGAUCCCAACGUCUACAAAAACAAGAAGUCCCACGAGCAGCUCUCGGCCUUGAAAGGCAGCUUCUGCAGAAAUCAAUUCCCUGGCCAGGCCGAAGUCGAGCGGCUGACAAAAAUCACGGGCCUUUCCACCAAGGAGAUUCGAAAAUGGUUCAGUGAUAGGAGGUACCACUACAGGAACGUGAGAGGCGGCCGGGCCGUCUUCCCUGGAGACAGCGCUCUCGAUUCCCUGCCCGAAAUAACCCUCGAUGUCUCGCCCAGAGGAGCCGAGCUGAGCCCCGCAGCGGCGGCGGCCGCACCGGCCCCUCACCACCCGCCGCGGCGGCAGUCAUGGCACCAGGCGCCCGACUUCACGCCAACCAAGUACAAAGAGCGGGCACCGGAGCAGCUGAAAGCCCUGGAGAGCAGUUUUGCCCAAAAUCCCCUUCCUGCGGAGGAAGAGGUGAACCGCCUGAGGGGGGAAACGAAGAUGACGCGGAGGGAGAUUGAUAGCUGGUUCUCGGAGAGGAGGAAGAAGAAGGUGGCAGAGGAAAAUAAGAAAGUGGAGGAGGCAGCUCGGCAGGAGGAGGAGGAGGCGGAAAAUGGUGGUGGGGAAGGGGAAGACUCCUCGGAUGAGCUGAGGGCCACAAGCGAAAACGGCUCAGUCGACGCCUCCGGCAACAACCCGAACUCGAUGGAGCGGAAAGUGAGUCCCAUCAAAAUCAACCUGAAGAACCUGCGAGUGACCGAGUCCAACGGCAAAAGCGAGUUACCAGGGGCUGGCACAAACGAGAAAGGGGAUGGCAGCUCCAGCCGGCUGCCCACCCCUCUGAAAACCAAACUGAACUUUAAAAAAACAGCCCAGCAGCGGCAUCUGCUGAAGCAAAUGUUUGUGCAGACCCAGCGGCCCACGAACCAGGAGUACGACGCCAUCGUUUCCCAGACGGGUCUGCCGCGGGCCGAGGUCAUUCGCUGGUUCGGGGACAGCCGGUACGGCUACAAGAACGGGCAGCUGAAGUGGUAUGAGAACUACAGGCGGGGGGUUUUCCCCCCGGGGCUGGUGGAGGUCAGCCCCACCGGUCGGGAGGUGCUGGAGGACUACUAUGAGAAGCACAAGGGGCUGCGGGAGGAGGACCUGCCCGGCCUCUGCGAGCGCUCCCACCUCAGCGCCCAGCAGCUCAAGGUGUGGUUUGCGGUGAAGGCGGAGGAGGACAGCAGGGGCACCGUCCCCGAGGAGGCCUGCGCCAGCGAGACGUCGGGAAGCCGGAAAGGGCUGUGCGAAGCCAGCUCGGAGGUGUCGGAGAGCAGCGAGUCGUGGGAGCCGGGUGGACGGGAAGGCGGUGCUGGGACCCCCGAUGCCCCCGGCCCGCCACCUGCCGCGCGGCUCGAAACAGACUGAACUCAAACCACCAGCUUUGGAGGAUCUGCUCUUAUCCUUGAGAAGAAAUUUUUGGUCUUUAAAAACCCAUGGGCCAGCCUGAUGCAAACCUCAGGAGCAGCACAUGGUGAUAAAGCACUGCCAUAAAUGAGACCUUUGAGCACAGCACACGAGAGAGCGCGCGUGCAAAAACUGGGCACGCACUUAGUGCAGAGCGCUCUCGGUGGCCCAGCCAAGGAGGUGGCUGAGAGCUGGCGGAGGCGGAGGCUCAGCUCGCACCCAGGAAAUAGGAUGCUUUUGUUUGCUUUCCAGUGGACAGACUUUCAGAUUUCAUAUUCAUAUACCGAUGCCUACAGCUGCCUAUACAAGCAUAACGAAUCUCAGACAUUGUGUAAACAAGGUCAUUGCUUAGAUAUGGACUAUCAUGGCACAGUACUUUUUUCUUUUUUUUUUUUUUUCAUCUGUCCGUUAAGGUGUUUGUUCUCUAAAGGUUAGCAUGGCUGCAUAUAUCCUCUCCGCUCUUUCUGGUCCUUAAGCCCUGGCAACGAAGGGCUUUGCGGGCACGCAAGUGUGUAUGUGUGUGUUAGGAAAGGAAAGGUAUUUGAGAAGAAAACUGCCAGUCUUGCAUUAAAGUCCGGUGGGAGUUGAGUGAGAUUUUCAUCCCUACAGAUGAGGUUAGAUUUAGCAUUGCAUACUCUCCAGUAAGUAACAGGUUCCCAGACACAGACAACCCAGGAGAUGGAGUUUGGUGUCAUUUGUCCCUUGCUGGCUAGAAUAUUUUGCCCUGCGCUCCUGGAGACCGACUGUAGCAGGCUAUUAAAUCUCCAAGUCUCCCUUUAAUCACUGAGAACUAGCACAUAAUAAUUUUUCCAUACUGACCUGGAAUCCUUUUCAUUGUUCAGAGAGAACAAGCUGUUCUUCAGAGAACAAACGCAGAGAAUACGCAGCAUUGCUGUGAGUGGUUCAAGUCAUUGUUGUCUCCAAGGGAUCAGCGAGGCAGCAGCUCUUCUACAAUCAGGAAGUUUCCCUCUUGCAGCCCUACAUGACAGAUCCUCCUGCAGCAGUGCUGGUAACUUCAAGUGUUUGCUCCAGUCUUUUUUUUUUUUUUUUUCCCUUUUUCUUUUCCCCCCCUUUUUU